AUGGAGGUUAGAGCUUUCCGCAUCAGACUGUUGAUGAAUGUAGUGUUGCUGCUGGUUGCACAUGUGCAGGAAAGUUAUCCUCAGACAGCUGAUGCAGCUUUUCGCAUCAUCCCAAGCAGACUGCAGCUCUUUGAAUAUGAGUCUGUGCAUUUCACCUGUGAGGGGUUCGAUGUCUCUGCUGCAUGGAAAGUGAGGACCGAGACUGAAUUUGUUUCAAAAUGUUCAAAUGGCACCGAGAAGUCAACGGUGAGCUGCAGCAUUGAUUUUGUUUUAACAUCAGACAGUGGAGAGUACUGGUGUGAAGCUGGAGGGAAGAAGAGCAACGCUGUCAACAUCAGUGUCACUGCUGGUUCAGUGAUCCUGGAGAGUCCUGUCCUUCCUGUGGUGGAGGGAGACGCUGUCACUCUGAGCUGCAGACACAAGACGCCGUCCAACCUCUCAGCUGUCUUCUUUAAAGACGGCCUCUUCAUUGGGAGCAGCUCUGCAGGAAACAUGACCAUCCACAGAGUCGACAAGUCUGAUGAAGGACUUUACAAGUGUGACAUCUCUGGAGCUGGAGAAUCACCGGAGAGUCGGCUGGCUGUUAGACGUAAAUGUGGUGAUGUGAUCCUGGAGAGUCCUGCUCUUCCUGUGACUGAAGGAGAGGCUGUGACUCUGCGCUGUCGAGCAAAGGAAACUCCCGCUUGCCUCAAAGCUGAUUUCUUUAAAAAUGGCGUCCUCAUCAGGAGCGGCUCUGCAGGAGAGAUGACCAUCCGCAGUGUCUCCACGUCUGACGAAGGAGUCUAUGAGUGCAGAAUCUCUGGAGCUGGAGUUUCGCCACAAAGCUGGUUAGCUGUCAGAGAAAUGAAGUUUAAUGACUCAGUGAAACAAAGUGAAGACUCAAACACACGAUGCACAAACAAAACAGCAUCUGACAAAGAGAUUCAUUUUUCCCGCCAUUACUACAUCCUGCUGUGGGUCGCUGUCACGGUCGUGUUGUUCCUGCAGCUGCUGGUGAUUGGACUGCUUUUCUGGAAGAAACAGCUUGUUUUACUAGAGGCAAAUAUGUGUGAUCCAAACAUGGACCUGUACACUGUCGACAGAAAAGACGCUGCAGACGCUGAUAAUUUGAGCUUCGGCCUCGAGAAAAAGCACGACUCAAAACCACAGACAGAAGGAGAGAGGGACAAAUCUUUGCCUUCAUCUUACUCAACUUUCAACAUGGAUGGCGCUUUGCAAGCUCUUUAAAGUGAUCACCCAGGAGAAAACACCGAGCCGAGGGAGGCGGAGGGACUACUGACACCGUGCUACAUGUACAAGCAGCUUUAGGGACUGAAAUAAACUUUGAACUUGUUAUUUAGCGCUUUAGUUAACACUUUUUAGUAUGCAACUUGUGUUUAGUUAAGUAUUAUGCAAAGUACUCAGUACAUUUAGCAGAGGUGCUAUUUUCUUCUUUUUUUCCCACAGCACAUGUUCACAUUAUUGUAUUUGUCCUGUUAUCGUCAUUUUUUGUAAUAAAUUAAAUAAAGAAAUUAAUAAGUCAUUAUCACGCCCCUUGGCUCGUGAUAUUGACACCAAA